AUGGACGUCGACAAUGCUUCCAGUGUGGUGUCUACGACAACGACGAUCAUCAUUGUCGUCGUUGUGGUCGUAAUUGUUCUGCACUGCAUCGGCGGGAUAGCCUUCUGCUGCUGGUUGAAGAAACGGCGCGAACGUCGUGCCGCACGCCUACCUGUCAUUGGUUUGCCGAUCCCAGGGCAGCAGGACACAAAUUACGCGGAAGGCGGGUUCUCCACGGCUGAUUCCAUGCAAAUGGCUGCCUUCCACACCCAGCCCACGCUUCUUCUCGCGCGCACCUCCGUGCCCGAGUUGCAGACCAUGCAUCCAAUCGAUAUACCCUCAGUACCCGCCCUUGCGCAACCCCGGGCCUCGCAUACGGUCAAUCGCACUCAGGAGCCACAGGCCGCGACAUACGCUGGGACGGCGGGCGUCCCUUUCUCUAGGGAUCCAUUCGCGCCAGCGUCAAUGGAGCCUAUGAAUGCCGACCCACUCCCCGCCCUGCAGCCGUCGGGAGACGUGAGGCUUGAUGCACACAAUUGCAACCAAGACCUGGAGGUGGGCGUCAGAACGAGCCACCCGCCUGGUGUAUCCGUGCUUCAGGGCGAUACGGUCCACAUGGACGGGAGCGCGGAGGAUGGAGAACCCCCACCAUACACGCAGAGGGUCCCGCGAAGGGCGGCACCGCGUGUUAGAGAAGUGUACCGGUAUACCGAACUGGGGGCUUCCGACUCAGAUUCUGUGUAA